UAAUAAUUUUUUUUUUCAAACAAAACAAGGCUAAAUAUUUGCAGCCAUUGUUGGCCUUAACAAGGUUGCCCCAAAAACGCGAUAAUGUUCAGCGCGCGUCUAACAAACGCGGCGACGCCUCCAUGCUUCAAAUAUUCUUCUGAAAUUCAAUCCUCCGUUUCACUCCCUCUCUCUCUUCACCCUCACUCGUUCAUUCUAAACUCCGCCACGCGCCACACUCUCUCACUCUUCACGCCACAAAACCACGCGCCUCCCUUGCAGCCGCCGCGUUCGGAUGACGCCCCUCCCAAUGAGACGCGUCUGAACAAUCUAUACCUUAAGCGCGGGAAAACCGAGUUCGCACGCCAAGUGUUUGAUAAUAUUCCCAAACGAGACGUCAAGGCAUGGAAGUUUAGUACUAUGAUUGCCAGGUUUGCGCGCAAUGGCAUGAUAAAAGAAGUUUUGGACUAUACUAGGUUGAUGUUGGUGGAAGGAAUAAACCCAAAUUUGGUUGUAAUGACAGUUAUUCUUGAUGGUAUAGGGAAAGUUGGUGCACGAAACUUAGGUAGAGAAGCACAUGGCUUUGUGGUGAAGAAUAUGUAUUACAAGGAAUUGUCGAUUCUAUCAGCAUUGAUCGAUAUGUAUCGCAAGUUUGGCGAUGUUGGGUCGGGGAGUCGAGUUUUGUUUAGUGUGAUGAAGAGGAAGGGAGAUUUUUGGAUCGGAUUGGUUUCGGGGAGACUUGAGGUUCAAAUGAGGUCUGUGAUUCGGUUGAAGAGGUUCCGGCCAGGUGCUGCUGCGGUUGCCUCUCUACUUCCCAUUUGUGCACAGUUGAGGGCUCUGAAGCAAGGGAAGGAGAUUCAUGCUUAUUCUUUGAGACAUUGGCUUCUGCCUAAUGUGCCGAUAAUGUCUUCUUUGAUGGUGUUGUACUCUAAGUGCGGUGUGAUUGAGUAUUCCAUCAGACUUUUUGAUGAAAUGGAGAGGAAGAAUGUGGUUUCUUGGACUGCCAUGAUUGAUUCAUACAUUGGGAAUGGGCGUGUGUGUGAAGCUCUUGGUGUGAUGAGGUCAAUGGCAUGGACGACCGAGCAUAAGCCGGAUACUGUCACCGUGGCUAGGAUGCUACAUGUGUGUGGGGAGCUGAAAGUUUUAAGGCUUGGGAAGGAAGUUCAUGGACAAGUGUUGAAAAGGGGUUUUGCAUCAGUCCAUUAUGUUGCUGCGGGAGUCAUUGAUAUGUAUGGGAUUUGUGGAGAUGUUGAUAAAGCAAAGUUGGUAUUUAGUCUGGUUCCUGAUAAAGGUUCAACGGCAUGGAGUGCUCUUAUUAGGGCCUAUGGGCAUAAGGAAUGGUAUAAGGAGGCAAUAGAUAUUUUUUAUGACAUGAUUUCAAAUGGUAUUACUCCGAAUCGCUUCACUUUUGAAGCUGUUCUAUCUAUAUGUGAUAGGGCUGGGUAUGUUGAAGAUUCUUUUAGAAUCUUUGAUUUGAUUUCGAGGUAUAAAAUUGAAGCAUCCAAAGAACACUGCACUUGCAUGAUUCGACUCCUUACCCGCUAUGGUAAACUAGACGAGGCUCAAAGAUAUUUAGAAAUGAGUUAUUCCUUAUAGCUGAGGACAAGAGAUAAUAGGACUUUCUGUGAAUGUUUCUAUAGAUUGUUAACAUUUUUAGGCUAUGCUUAUUAUUGACUUACCUAACAGCUGUUAACUCAGCAAAACCUGUUUAAUAUAAGCAAUGACCACAAAUGCGGGGAGUACUUGAAUACCUUCCAUCUGAAAGGGAGUCCUCUUUCCCGCAGCAGGCAGAAAAUGUUCAGAAUUUUGGGUUCAGCUAGCAACCACCAAAAGAGGUCUUUAUAGCUUCUCUGAAAGAAAUUACCACCGGGUGAUUAUCUUUCGGAGCACUGCUUUGUUUCAUUUACCUCAUUUUUGUUGAAUUUGGAUCUUACGAGGUUGUAUAAUUUGCUGGCCUAACAUUUUCAUGCCCAGGAUGCAAGAUGCCACUGCUGACGAUUGAUUUUUUGUUCGUUGAUGGACUUCUCAAUGGUAUUACCUGUUAACUAAUUUGCUCUGGCUUUGGAAUCUGAGCAAUAUGAGUGUAGUUUUUCAAGUCACGGUGUUCGAAUUUGAAGUUUAGUUCUCGCCAGCAGGAUCAUACGGCGCAAUAUAGUGUAGAUGAUCUCAUGAUCAUAUAAAGCGUCAUGUUAACAGUGCUAUGCAUCAACAUGCCGAUGGCAGAAUUGGUUAUAUUGUUAUGUUGCAAGGAUAUUUUCUGCUAUUACCUUUAAUUUUUGGAAUUUACGUGCAAAUGAGUUGCUUCAUUCAUUGUAUUGACUUAUUGUACUACUACUACACAAAGAGGCAAAUUCCCAAAUUCAUUCACGAUUUAGGACCAUUUGCCAUUUUACAGCUAAUCGUGUUGAAAGUUAUGACUCUGGACCAUAUCCAACAUUUAGGUUCUCCAUUUGUUCAUGUUCUGUAGAACAAUAACUUAUGCAACUUGAUGAACUUUGAUUAAUGCAGUGUAAGUUAGGGUUUGCCCCUGUUUAUCUCCUUUAAACAAGCACUGUAGAGGAUUUUAUUAACCCUAAAGACCACAUUAUAUUAUUAGCCAAAGCUAACACUUAAGGCACUAAUUUUUCACGAACCCAAACAACUCACAGCAAAAACUCAGAAACAGCGUUGACCUAAAAACCUCUCAUAAUCAAUCAAAACAACACUCCCACAAAGCCACCCAUUUUCAUUUCAACACAAAAUCCAAAAGAAAUUGAAACGAAGAAGAUGCAUCUUUAUGUAGAUUAAACCCGAAAAGUUGAAAACCCAGAUGCAUGUCCACAUGGAAACGAACCCACAACAAGAAAAAGAAGCAUAUGUAUGUGAAAACAAGUCGAAAUUAGCAGCAACCAACCAUGGUUAAAAUUUGACUUGAAAUAAAAGGCCUAACACUAGUGGGUAAGCAAUAACAUAGCAUUUGUAGUGAUUGAUUACACACCAAA